UCUAUGAUCAAAUUUGAGCUUUUUCGGAUAUUUUGGAUGAACAUGGACCACCGUGAGCCAUCGAUGAGGCCCGAUGUCGAGGCUUCCGGUCGUGCAAAAGUGUAACAAACAGGAGGUGUUGAAAAUUCUUCCCUCGAAACAAGAAGCAGCCAAUAAACAAACUGGCCGCACUUAAGAACGGAACCGGGUAAAAGUGCGAAUAAACGAGCAUACGGUGCCCCCCCCCCCCCCCCCCGGUUCCCGGUUCCCCUGCCUAGCUCUCCUGCUCGUUUUCCAGUCAACGACUUCGUCGGAUGGUGUUGCACUCCUGCGUGCAGGGAAAUAUGGCGUGCUGCAACACACGCACGUGGGACGCUGAGGUGGGGCUGGGCCGCUCGGGCUAUUCCUGUACACCGUCGAGUCGCAAGAAGCAUAACAACGCGGCACUGUACGCUGGUGUGCGUCUCCUGCGAGCAGCGAAGCCCGGAGAUAGGGUGGCGGGUUGAUAACGCCACGGCGACGUCGUUGAAUUCCAUUCUAGCCUAUCUGCUUCACCUCGCUCGAUUCCUUCGACCGCAAGACCUGCUGCAAGCGGACAUACACUCUCUUGGACGCAAUUUAUUAUUCAAAUCUAACCCGAAGCCUGGCGAAAUUUGUGACACGCAAAGCAUCGUGUUUACCAAUGGGGCUCGAUUUAUUAUUAGAAACUGACCUCAAUUGAGAAGCAACUUUUAGAUGUACCGACGUCGAACGAUUCGAGAUCUAUCGAUCUCCGUGACACUCAAAAUAUACUUAACAAUGGAUGCAAUUUAUUAUGAGAAACCAGCCUCGGCUACGAUCUAUCAUUCGCGUAUACAGGAUCCAACAGUUUAUGAGCCAUCUAACUCUGUGGCUAGGCUUACUAUCUCUGGAGGAGCCGUUAACAUCUCACAAGGGAACAUAUACAACUGUCCGUCUCCGAUUUUGAUGAAACUUGGUGGGUACAUUAAGCAGGUGAAAAUAAGGGAUACGUAUGUUUGUAUAGCUGCCCAAUCGCAAGUUUAGCUGCGAUUCCGAUAAAAAUUUUAGUACUUACUUAAUUCUAGUUCAGACGAUAACUACAUUCAUAUAGAUUGAAAAAGAAAUUUGUUUUUUCUGUCUCAGACGACUAGAACCGCCACAGCCUGUGCGCCCGAUUGUACGAGCGUCUCACGCCACAACCUGCAUAACACCGCAUAACUUAUACAGAUUUCAAUGAAGUAUUUCAUAAAAAUUUGUGUUGUUAGUUGAAGCAUGUUUUAUCAUGCAUAAAAAACCCUGGUACUGUAGGUUUGAUAGUUUUCGCAAAAUUAAUUCCUAAAAAUUACUGAAAAAACAAAUUUCUAGACGAUAAUAUCCCCUUAAUGGGUUGAAGAUGAAGACUCUCUUUGAUAAGUAAUAUUUUAUGGUGCGACUAGCAACGUGAUUCCUGAAUUUGAUCGUGAGUCGUACCCUCCAUCACGCGUUCCUGAGAGCCUACAAACGCCUCCGUGACACUUUUCUCGGAUCGUUGAAGGCUCUAACGGUGGGAGAUUCGUCAAGUGGCGUUGCGCGUCGUGCCUGGCUUAGUUAACCUCGAGUCGCUUGUUUCAACGCUAAUCAAGUGUCUUACCUACCUGUAGCAGCAAUUCUACGAAUUACUGCCGCUGUUUCUUUGACCGUUUACGGUGUGAACGCGAGGUCGGAGAUCGCGGAUUUUCUCUAUUCAGUCUUCGAGGCGGUAACACGGUGUCGUUUCUGUGAUUGGCCACUUGUUUUAACACAUCGUUGACCGGUCACGAGUAAACUCGUGUUUGCAUUUAAUAAUAAUUUUGCUCGUCGUGUUAUGUAUGUAAAAUACUUCAUUUAAAUUCAUAUUAUAUUGACAAAAUAUUCAAUUACGAAAUAACAGCUGAUGACAUGAAGUCCCUGCUGUGUAAAAUUGCUUGUCAACAAUGUUUUAAGAGUAAGCCAUCGCAUCCGACUGUGUACCACUAAAUACCCAAUCUAGAAACAAAAUAACGGUACUUUGGGGCAAUUAUACAAUAAAAAUUCUUGGACAAUGCGCGACUUAUGAAAUAAGAAAUUUAUUUCAUUUGGAUAUUUUCUUUAGAAACAAACUCUUUUACGAAGUUUAUUCGUUUUUUUCUGUUUUUCUCAUUAAUAUAGGGUUUCUUCCUAACAACCCUACCGCGACCCGAAAAUGUGAUAUUCUUUCGAUUGUUUAUUGCUAUUAUGUAAUUUAUGUAAAUUUUUUGAUUAAUGUAUACAUCUUUAAUAACAUCAAUAGAUGGCUUAUUAUUGGAAAAAGUAACGAAGACGAUUGCUUUUUUAAUAAUUACGAUAUUAAGCCAUAAAGCUAACCAAACACUAGUGUCCGAAUAUUUCUGGGAGUCACUGUAUAUCUUUGACCCUUGAGUUUGCAUUCAUCUGCGGUCUCUUUAGCCGAAGGCGAUGUUUCCGGGCUAACCUUUCAUCCACGCUCGAGCCACGGGAAUACCAAAAGCCAAACGCGUCCAAAUAGGGACACAGGGUCGUCGUAUAAGCGAGGCAUGGCGAAUUUAUCGAGGAAUAUUAAUUGCAGAGCGCGGGACACGCGACCGCCCGAAUCGCACGGCAUUCUUUCUUCCUGGGCCUCUUCCCUUCUUUCCCAUUGCCUUCCGCGCCUCCCCACCGGUACCACGGUUUUGUAAUGCCUCUCUGUCUCUGCCACUUCCUGUGUUCCGCCACGCUCACCUGUCUGCCGGCACCUGCCUUCAUAACUAUCUAGGUGUACACAGUGUAUAGAGCUAACCGUGUAUCCUAUGGGACUUGGGCUUCCCCGCUCGUUUCGCCAGCCACGGCGUGGUUGCGCCUACUGCACGUUCCACCUGGAAACACAUCGUGUACGCUACGCAGUCGAUGUUACGCUGUCGCUCACCACGGCUGGAACUAUCGUGGUGUUUCCCUCGCGCUGAUAACGUCCUGGCUUUACACACCGGGUGACUCUGGUGCCAACGCGAACGAUUAGUGUCCUCUGCGACCGGCUUGCGGCUGGUUCCCCUGCUUCGUUGGAUCGAAAAGAGAGACCGGGGACCGCUGAAACGUUCCGAAGAGGAUGGCGUAGACGUGGCGGCUCGAAAUUCCUGGUUCCGCGGGAUCGAGUGCGUCGAGACGGUCGUUUUCUUCGGUUUUGCGAUCCAGGACGAGACGGUCGCGAGUUCCCCGCAGUGCUCGAAGGACUGUUUAGUGUAACGUUGCUUCCCUGAAGUGAAUACACGCGUCUAGUGUUCCGUGGCGAGACCCUCGCAUCGCGGACUACCUGAACACCAGAGUUCAGUGCCUUAGAAUGACAUUGGGAUAUCGUGGACGUGGACGAAAACCCUGAGCUUCCCCGCGCGGGUAUCCCCCCAGAGGCCUGCCAAGGAGUCGAAGGGGUUUCAUGUGAGCCCCAGUGCGAGCCCUACGUCGCCACCCAGCCCGAUCAACGACAACAUGGACAAGUCGCCGAUAAUUACCGAUGAGAAUUUCCAGGACUUGGAAGCAGAAAAGGCAAUAAUGGGCUCGAUUGUGUACUGCAUACAUCAGAAGGACGGCUGCAAGUGGUCGGACGAACUUAGAAAGUUGAAGGCUCACCUGAAUACAUGCAAGCACGACGCGGUGCCCUGCAGCAAUAAAUGCGGCGCAAUGAUUCCGCGUGUACUCAUGGAGGACCAUUUGAAGUACACUUGCGCUCAGCGACGAGCUCGCUGCGACUUCUGUGCCAAAGAAUUCACCGGUCACACGCUCGAGAAACACACGGGUACGUGCGGUUACGAGCCACUCUAUUGCGAGAACAAAUGCGGCAUGAAGGUGCAGAGAAGGCAUCUCAGCCAGCACAAGUUGGGCGAGUGCGCGAAAAGGCUGGUGGCCUGUCGUUACUGCAACAAAGAGUUCGUUUUCGACACGCUGGGCGCCCAUCACGCCAAAUGUGGCCGUUUUCCAGUUGCUUGUCCCCAUCGAUGCGAGACUGCUGUACUACCUAGGGAAGAUCUUGAGAUCCAUUUGAAGGACCAUUGCACGACACACCUUUUGUCCUGUUCUUUUAAAGAUGCCGGCUGUCGUUUCAAGGGUAACAGAUUCUCUUUGGACAAACACCUAGAGGAAUCCGCAAAGAUGCACUUGAGUCUGAUGUGCAGCGUGGUGACGAAACAGCAGCAUCAGAUAACCAGUCUCAAAUCCGCCAUCAGUAAAUUGUCCUUAAAUUACACGGGCACCCUUAUAUGGAAGAUUACAGACUACACUGCCAAAAUGUCCGAGGCGAAAGCCAAAGAGGGCAUGGAGUUGGUUAGCCCCCCUUUCUACACUAGUCAAUAUGGUUAUAAGUUACAGGCAUCCGUUUUCUUAAAUGGAAACGGCACCGGCGAAGGAAGUCACAUUUCGAUAUACAUAAAGAUUCUUCCCGGGGAAUACGAUGCUUUGUUGCGAUGGCCAUUCUCGCACAGCGUGUCUUUCACCAUAUUCGACCAAACGGUGGUCGCGGAGAAGGCGUGCAAUAUCGUUGAGAGUUUUAUACCAGACCCAACAUGGAAAAACUUCCAGAGACCCAGUCGCGAGCCUGACUCCCUUGGCUUCGGUUUUCCUCGAUUCGUUUCCCAUGAAAUGGUCAAGAAACGGCACUUCGUCAAAGACAAUACCAUGUUUAUUCGGGUAAAAGUCGAUCCUAGCAAAAUCGUGGCCGUUUGAACGAACGAUCGUUAACCGUUUCCCAAUUCUGUACCAUAACUCGAUUACUAUCGUUCUAGGUAACAUAGUUAAUAUCAUUACAUUACAUGUAAAACACAUCGAUGUGGUUAUACGCAUUUCUUAUGUUACACGUAAUGUCAGUCCAGUAAACGAUAAAUGGUAACCAUAUUUAUUAACGUCGGCCGUGUACUUGGUGUGAUAGCGCGAAGUAUGUAGUUUACAUACAGGACACGUGGUACUUAGGUCGUUGAACUGGCAGUAAUACCAUAGUAAAAUUGAUUCAGAGUAUCUCUGAAAAUGUUAGAAGGUAAUAGUAAUUCCCUAGCCGGAAAUCCUUCAAUGGAAUCUGUAUAAAAAUGUUCAUAUCGCGUCACAGACCUUCGUACCGUCAAACUGACGUUUUUACUACGAUUUUCAAUUUUUCUCAGCAUUUAUUUUGCAACGUAAGUUUUUCCAUUCCUUACAGCUGAAGAUGAGCAACAUUUUUAAAUAGAUAAUAUGAAGAGAUAUCUAGGUAUGAAAUAAUUGUACCGAAUAUAUCGCGAUACGUUCUUUUUAUUCAAAUAAAGUUUUGCUCGUCUCUGCUUCAAUCGUACAAUGUACGUGUCAUUUCGUAAUUAAAUGAUUCAUUGUUCCAUAUCGCGAUUUAAAAUUUUCACAUGUUCUUCGAUCGAACGACGUUAAGUUUGUUGAAGCGAUAUACCUUUAAGAAUUCAAAUCAAAGAUUAUUAAAGGACUGUGUAUUAUAAGGUUAGGAAAUGUAAAUAUUGUGAAAAAAGUGGGAGCACAUAAUUCGUCCGAGAGACAGACCUACCAAUGUAAAUACGGAUUUACUACACUUUAGUGAUAAUGAGAAAUUGUGAUUGAUAUGCUAGUGACUGUAUGUAAUGAUUUAGGAGUAAGAAAUAAUAAAACUAUUAUAUCAUGUUCGUAUAUUGUA